UUUCUAAAUUUCAAUCAGGAUCUACAGAGCAAACGGUUCCAUACAUUUCAAAGAACAGUUUCGCAGGCAUAAAAAAGGGGUUGAGAGGAUUGAAACAUCUUCGAGUGCAAACAUUGCGGAUGUAGAAAUGUCUCUAAAAGCGUCUGAGUGUAAAGGGUUGAUUAGUUGUCACUGAAGAAUGGUAUUUGAUGUAGUCUUUCAGAACCAGUAAGCUCAUAUUGGUGUUCAUUUUCAUGUAUGAUGGAGUUCAACAAUGAGAUUCUGCCAGAGGAGAAAGGGGAACUGCUCCAAUCUGAUCCAGGGGGUGUGGAUAUUCCCUCUGCUUCUGCAAAGUCUCCAAGGCCCUCCAAAGCUCAUCAUGGAAAAUAUAUCCCUGGAAAGGGGAGUCCAAUCAAGCUUGAUAGGCAUUCACAUUCUGGAAGAGAUGGGCGCCCUAAAAAAGGUGGCUCUGGUGGAAAAGGAACGUGGGGUGGGUUACUUGAUGCAGAAGAUGGCUAUCAACUGGAUCCAAAUGAUCCAAAUUAUGAUAGUAAUGAGGAAAUCAACCAAUUAGACAGAAUCAAAUCAGCAAAAGCUUUCGAGGAGUUCAAAAAGAAGGCUACAAUAAUAGUGGAGGAAUACUUCGACAAUGAUGAUGUCAUGUCAACUGCAGAUGAAUUAAGAGAACUUGACAUGCCAAGCUACAACUAUUAUUUUGUUAAGAAGCUUGUCUCCAUGGCCAUGGAUAGGCAUGACAAAGAGAAAGAAAUGGCUGCCAUUCUGUUAUCCACACUUUAUGCUGAUGUUAUCGAUCCUCCACAAUUUUAUGAAGGAUUUCAUAAAUUGGUUGAAUCCGCAGAUGAUUUAGUUGUAGAUAUACCUGACACAGUAGACGUUCUUGGUUUGUUCAUAGCUCGUGCUGUGGUAGAUGACAUACUUCCUCCUGCAUUUCUAUCUAAGCAAUUGGACUGUUUAUCCGCAGAUUCAAAAGGGAUUGAAGUCAUCAAGAGGGCUAAGAAGGGCUACUUAUCAGCCCCACUGCAUGCUGAGAUCAUUGAGCGCAGAUGGGGAGGCAGCAAAUGUAAAACAGUUGAAGAAGUGAAGGCAAGGAUAAACAAUUUUCUGCUAGAGUAUGUAGUAAGUGGUGAUAAAUUGGAGGCUUGCAGGUGCAUCAAGGAUUUGAAAGUGCCCUUUUUCCACCAUGAGAUAGUUAAGAGAGCCCUUGUAAUGGCAAUGGAGAGACGGCCUGCAGAAGGCCUGCUUCUUGAUCUAUUGAAGGAAGUUGCUGAAGAAGGUGUUAUUAAUUUGAGCCAAAUAUCAAAAGGAUUUGAUCGGCUAAUAGAUACUGUUGAUGACUUAUCACUUGAUAUUCCAAGUGCAAGAGAGCUGUUGCAGUCCUUGAUUUCAAAGGCAGCUUCAGAGGGCUGGGUAUGUGCUUCAUCUCUGAAGCCUUUCUCAUCCCAGUCACCAAAACCAAUAGAAGAUAAUGCUGCACAAAUUUUCAGGACGAAGGCUCAAUCUAUUAUCAAGGAGUAUUUCUUGUCAGGUGAUAUUUGGGAAGUAAUUAGUAGUCUUGAAUCAGAGAAUAAUACUUCCUCUGCUGAGUUGAAUGCUAUUUUUGUGAAGAAGCUGAUUACUCUGGCAAUGGAUCGGAAGAAUAGGGAGAAAGAAAUGGCUUCUGUCUUGCUUACUUCUCUGUGCUUUCCAGUGGAUGAUAUUGUAAGUGGUUUUGUAAUGUUAGUUGAGUCUGCAGAUGACACUGCAUUGGAUAACCCAGUUGUUGUUGAGGAUCUUGCUAUGUUCUUAGCAAGAGCAGUAGUGGAUGAAGUCCUGGCUCCGAACCAUUUGGAGGAGAUUGGAAGCCAGUGUGUGGGGCAUGACUCAAUCGGGAGCAAAGUGUUACAAAUGGCACGGUCAUUGCUACGAGCUCGCCUUUCUGGUGAGCGUAUCUUGAGGUGUUGGGGAGGUGGGGGUAGCAGCAAGCCUGGAUGGGCAAUUGAGGAUAUCAAGGACAAGAUUGCAAAACUGUUAGAGGAGUAUGACUCUGGUGGUGAUGUACGGGAAGCUUUUCGUUGCAUAAGAGAGCUUGGUAUGCCUUUUUUCCACCAUGAGGUAGUCAAGAAGGCAAUGGUAACAGUGAUGGAGAAGAAGAAUGAAAGACUCUGGGGUUUGCUGAGUGAGUGUUUCAGUGUAGGAGUAAUUACUCCAAAUCAGAUGAUGAAGGGUUUUGGCAGACUAGCAGAAUCACUUGAAGACUUGGCUUUGGAUGUGCCAGAUGCUGAACAACAAUAUGCCCAUUAUGUUGAGCGGGCUAAAGCUGCAGGCUGGUUGGACACAUCAUUCUCCAGUUGCAAAUCAUGAAUGGCUCCUGUUAAUAAGACUGGAAUUUAAGGCUUUCUGGAAUUAUAUUUAGCCCCUCUUUAACCUUACAUCUCUUUGAAGUGUGCAGUUGCUUGUCCAUGUUUUGCACUGUAAUUCCACUUUUUACAUAAUUGAUCCUCCAUGCAACACAGCAUAAACUUUAUGGUUCUAAAGGGUAUUCUCUUUAGAUGGAAUAGUUGCUAAGUUUGAUUAUUUAUGACCAAGAAGAUCAUCAUAUAGUUAGAAAUUUAAAAUGAAUCUUCUCAAGAAAAAUGAAAGGGUCUCAGGAUUUGCAUUUCUUUUGUUAUUAGCUAUGAAGGGAAGGCUUGGAGUUGCUGAAGAUAAAGGCAGUGAUGAACCAUGACAGGCUCUCAGGGCUCUCUGUAACAAAUUGAAGUAGUCUUUGUAAUCUUGGAAGGUUACUUGUGCUGGUAUUCCGUACCGGCUACUUGCUGUUGUACUAGUCUUUCCACUUACCUAAAAAGAUGUGGGUUGAAACGAACCAAAAGUG